AUGGAUGUUGGGUGGUUAAUUCAUGCUGGAAUUACUGCCAAUUACUUUAUUUAUUUUACUUUUAGGUAUGUUUCCAAAAGUUUUCUAUAAAAAAACUUUAAAGGUUGUACAACAUUUUUGCAUAUUAAACUGUAAAAAAUAUUUUUUUUGAAAAAAAAAUAAUAUAAUAGCUGCUAAAAUUAUUUUGAAAGUCACUAUUUUAGUAAAACCUAUCGUACUGCCUUUAUCGAACAGCUUCAUAUGUUAUCCUGCCAUCUUCUACACUCUUCAAGAACCUCAUCAGAUAUUGUGAUCAAUAUAAAUGAACCUCAAGUAUUUCACACGUCAGUUAAAUCGCUUAUUGUGAAGAAAGUGCUUCCUUAA